AUGUACAUUAUUGCGCGUCUUGUGUUUUUCACAAGCCAUUUUAAAGCGAAUAGUUAUUGUUCCGUCAUCCACAGUUUGGACGUCUUAACAGCUUAUGCAAUAUUUACGAAAUAUUAUUUGUUAUACGCUGAUAACAAUAAUAAUGAAUUGUUAAAAUAUAAACAAAGCUUCUACAUAAUCAAAAAAACUAUAAACCUUUUAAAAAAUCAUUAUUACAACAAAAUAAACGACAUUAAUUCUCUGAGGGCGAGGGAGAAAAAGCUGUUAGUUUAUUUGAAAAGGAAAAUUAUAAUUUUGGAAGACAAGUGCGCCUUUUAUUCUGAACACGUAGAACAGCUAAAAAAAAUAUAUAGAGAACAAAUAAAUUUAAAGAACAACAAAACACAAAAUCUGCAGGAUGAAGUGAAUAAUAUAAGCAAAACGUCAGAGGAAAAAAUCGAAUCAAACAGCACUAGAAUAUUAAAAUUAAGGGAAGACCAGAUCGAAAGGUUAUCUCAGCAAUUGGACUCAAUAAACAAUUUAUACCUUAAGCAAGUCGACAGUAACAAAAAACUAAUCAUGGAAGUAGAGGAGCUAAACAAAAGUAUUUUGUACCUGAAUAACAAAAUUCAAGAGGAAAAAAAUAAUCGAAAUAAUGUGAAAAGGAAAUUAAAGUUUUACAUGCGGUAUAACAGGAACAAAAAACAGUUUAAGCUUAACAUGGCAAUGCUGAACAAAGAAGAAGAAAGAGUGGAAAAGGAAGAGGAAAAGGAGGAUGUAUGUCUUUCCAUUUUGUGUAUUCUCAAAACGGAAUUAGAGAUGAUGGAUGAAGAAAAAAAGAAAAAAAAAUAUGGGGAUGACAAGGAUAAAAUAAUACUAAAAAAUAAUAAUAGCUUUUUUAAAAAAAUAUUCAAUUCAAAUUAUAAAAUGAAAAAAAAAAAGAAUACAACUCUAUUUGAUACAAUAUACAAAAAACAAUUUUUUUCCUUUUAUGAAAAAGCUUUUAUUGAAAAUAAUAAAAUGAAAUUUGAUAAAAUUGAAAAAAAAAAAAUUUUUUCUAUUCCAUUAAAGAAUGUAAAAAAAAGUAAUAAUUACGAUAAUAUACACAAUGAGCUAAAGGAAAAUAUUGAAGAGAAAGAGGUGCAAAAGAGGGAGGUUAAAAAAAAAGAAAGUCAUAAUAAAAAAAAUGAUAGAUGGAACUACUUGACAUUAAGUAAUAUAUAUUUCUACAACAAUUUUAACAAUAAUUUUGAUGAUGAGAAGAAUGAACACUUCCAUAGAAAUGCUGAUGGUUCAAAUAACAGGCGCUUUAGGAGGUAUAGGAAAGGUACCAGUGAGCAGAGGCAGUUGGAAAACCGUAAAGAAGGUAUACUGAAUGAUGCAAAAGAAGCCGCAUGGAAGGGGGAAAAUAUGUCAAAUGGAGAUACUCCUAGUAGUGGUAGCCCUAAUGGUAGUACUCCUAUAAACAAUUCUACGAAUAACUACGCGUCAAAUCGAAACAUUGAUAGUAAACCCAUCAGUGAACGUACGGAUAUGAAUAAUGACAACCCGAAGGAGAGAGAAAUCAGAAAUAAGUGCAACAAGAGCACACAGGAAGACAUUAAAAUUAAGGGUGCUGACGAAACGGUUUGUUAA